CUUCAAGGUUUCGUUCGCGGUAUCCAAGGCGUCUGGAGGCGUUUCGACCUCACAAAGCACGGGCGAUUUUUCGUGGAACGAAACCAAGAAACCGGUUGCGUUUCUAUACUACAUUUGGAAUGAAUAUUUGGUAUCAACGUAUUGCUACGUGUCUAAACCACGACCAGCAUGUCGAUAAAGAUUCUUGUUAUAUUGUCGGUCCUAUGUACUACUGUUGUCACACAGGAGACGUUUGUUAACUCCGUCCCCGUUCCUUACCCCCCUCGUCAGGACCUGUACGUGUUCAACUGGACGGUGGAACAUUGGGAGACCAUGUUUCUGUACAACAAGCAGCGAGAGGCGGGAACCCCGGUCAUUAUAGACAGUCUGACGGGAGUCUACAGCAAGCGGGAGUACAAUAGCUCCAGCCAGAGUUGUGAACUGACAGCCAUGUCGGAGGAUGAGAUCAGCCAGGUCACAACAGCUGACGGGUAUCACCGCAGAACAACAUUAGUCAACAAACAGCUCCCGGGACCUACCAUUGUGGUGUGGAAGGGGGCGCAGGUGGCUGUUACUGUGACGAACAAACUUAUACAGGAAGGAGUGGCAAUCCACUGGCACGGCAUCACCCAGCACAACACACCCUGGAUGGACGGGGUGGGCAGCGUGUCACAGUGUCCUAUCAGUCCUGGGGAGAGCUUUACUUACAGGUUCACUGCGUCUGAAGGCGGGACCCACUGGUGGCACGCCCACCUGGGCACCUUCAGAACGGACGGACUGUACGGGGCGCUUAUUGUACUGGAGAACGACACUUCGUCAAGGCCGCCCCUGCCAGUGUUUCAUCAGGAGUUUGUGAUGCUGCUGCACGACUGGCAGAGAGAGGACUCACUGGACACGUACCUGCGCGUGGAGUGGGAGGCAACCAGGUUUUCUCACGGCUAUGGAGACACCAAUACGUGUAGGAAGAGACUAACACAGGCUGACGGCACGGACCUGGGACCGGUCCAUUUUACAUCAGGCCUCAUCAACGGAAAAGGUCGUAGCUAUGACGACAACGACAAUGCGGAGAAUAGGUUCGUGCCUCUGGAGAAGUUCAGUGUGGAGGGGAACAUGACGUAUCGCUUCCGGGUCAUCAGCGCAGCCAUGAUGUUUCCCUUCCGGGUGUCCGUGGACCAGCACGAGUUGACCUUGAUCGCCACGGAUGGAGACAGGAUCGUUGAGCAGACAGCGGAGUCGUUCAUCAUUAACACAGGCGAGCGGUACGAUUUCUACAUCACAACCGACCAGACUCCUGGUAACUACUGGAUCCGUGCUGACACCAUCGAACUGUAUGCAGACAAUAUGCCGGUGAACAGACAACACCAUACUGAGGCUAUACUACAUUAUGAAGGAGCUCCAGACGCUGAGCCGACCUCCCAGCGGAGAACAUGCACAGCGAAUGACACCUGUGUCGUCGUCAACUGUCCCUUCAGGCAGUACGGAGACCAGUCAAUGCACAUCGAGUGCCUGCCGGUCAGCGAGCUCCGGUCCCCUGAUAACCAGUUCGUCCCAUUGCCGGAGUCUGCGGACAAGUGGGAGGAACAUUUCAUCAACUUUCACUUCGCAGGGUCUGAUAUAAAUCCAGGUCAGAGGUCAUCCGUCAAUGGUCAUCGGUUUGUUCUGCCGUCGUCACCUCCACAGGUCACCGGCGAUAGGGGUCUGGUGCCAUGUACCGACGAGCUUUGCGGCGGAGAGAAGUAUUGUGACUGUAGCUAUCACGUGACUAUCACUCCUGGCAACGUCGUGCAGAUGGUCCUCUACAACAUGGGCUCAGGAGCAGGUCUUGCCGGUACAGGCCACCCUGUUCACAUCCACGGGCACCACUUCUACGUGUUAGAUAUGGGAUUCCCGGAGUACAACAGCAGCGAUGGUCGUUACAGUAGCCAGAACCCUGACAUCGACUGUGGCACGUCAGAAAGGUGUAACGGGAAGCGAUGGGCGGACCAGUCGUGGGAGGGCGGGAACAAGCCGGGACUGAACCUGCGGGACCCGCCGAUGAAGGACACUGUGAUCGUGCCUGUGGGUGGGUACGUGGUCAUCAGAUUUACGGCGGAUAACCCAGGCUGGUGGUUUGUCCACUGUCACAUAGAGAUCCAUCAGGUGGAGGGGAUGGCCAUGAUGAUCAGGGAGGGGACACAGGGACAGAUGAACCCCCCACCCCCGGGAUUCCCCACCUGUGGGGAAUUCCAUUGGUCCUCAGCGGAGUUCGAAAGAGCAAAGAAGGGCUACAGCACGUCUUGGACCCACACCUUAUCUGUCGCGGCAGGAGGUGGUAUUGGCGCUGCAGUUGGAUUCAUAGUUGGACUUGGAGUCGGCAUCAUCUGUUACGAAUGUAGCAAGAAAAGCGCGACCUCAAAAUAGCAGACCACAGUUUGCGACAUGCAGGGUAUACAGUUUUGUUGAGUUAAAGACCACACCUGCACGCGGUGACAUCAGUAAUAGGAGCACUAGAAACAAACAUCAACCACAAUUAAAACAAGGACAAAUCGGUACAAGAAUAGUCCUAUUCCCUACAUGGUCAACCUUCUGUAUGGCCACCGUAUAUUGAAUAUGUCAGCUGUUGUAAGCUACUUCUCAUCUAGCAUUGUGCAUGUGUAAACUAACUUAUCGGUUUAAAACCUAUCUGUUUUAGGGUAGCAUUUAGUGUUGAUUUUAAGAAUACAAAUAACGUCAUUACUCCGUUUAAACGUAAAGCUGUAAUUUGCCUAAGUCAAUGAUUUUAAGUGUAAAGGUAUGCAAUUCAGCCUGUGGCUGCCAUAUACACUUUGUCUUUUCAUAAUGAUCUUAUCAUGAUGAUCAAAUAAAGCAUCUAUUCAUUCAUUCAUUCAUUCAUUCAUCCACGGUAAUUGAAGUGGUAAGGCUUAUGAUACAGAAAAAAUGAAAAUAUCUUAUUUUAACAAAGUAAGGUACAAAAUGUCGAAGAAACAUGUGUCCGCAUAUAGAGUUUUCAGGACUUCUUUUAAACAACGUUGUACGAAGGUUAAUGGAGAUGCAGUCGGUUCACCUCGAUACUAUUAGGCAUUUACGUAGACGGCGCAUUUGUACACUAAAAAAUCCGUUUCAUAAAUUCGCAAAGCCCAUAUGGUUCCAUAGCACAUAUAGCAGUGUAAACUUGGAUUAUAAAUGCAACUUCUAACUUGAAUUGUGACCGCUUAAAAAUGUAGACAUUUCAGUCUCAUGUGUCAUUGAAUAAGCAUAAAAUAAGUAAACUUAAACUUAAAAUAACAAGAUUUAAAGCUAAGGUAGAUAUAGAAUUCAGCGGCAGAAUUAUCUUUGCUACCAUUAGGCUUCUGGCAAUCAUGAAAUCAGGUAUGACUUGAAAUGUCA